AGAUCUCCUGUGGACCUGCAACGACUCUCUGCUCCACCACCACUGAUCUGCUGCCUCUUGCCAGGACCCCCGCCCUCCUCCUCCGGCAGCACCACGGAUAGCUCCGGGAUGCUCCGCGGGAUGCUGUUCCUCGGCCUGCUCUCCGUCCUGUGUCACGGCCAGGCGUCACAGGAAGUGUCCGCAGAGGACUUCGGAGCGGACAGACCCGAGCCGGCCACAGACAGAGACCUGAUCGAAGCACUGGAGGCUCUGCUGGGCAGGAUGCAUGACCGGAGUCCUUCCACUGAGAAGAGAGGAACCAUCGCACUGUGCGGGAUGGGGGACCGGUGUGCCAUGAAGUUCGGGCCCCGCAUCGGGAAGCUGUGUGACUGCGGCCGAGGAGCCAACUGCAACUCCUACCUGCUCAAGUGCAUCUGAAAGACUGAGGACUUUCAUUUUGUUUUCCACAAACCCAGCAUCACUUGUGCAGGACAAAACAUCCUCUACACCCUCAGGAGGCUUCAAUAAACUGAGUGGAACAUCAUCUCAGUGUCUAACUUCAUCAUUUAUAUCCGUUAUGCAGCGUCGCUGUUUGGGCAGCUGCUUGCCUGAGGAUAAGCAUGGAUUUUGUAAUGAUGACUGAUAAUUUAC